AUGAGCGCGGAGGAGAAGUUCAUAGGCAAUGAGCAAGCAGGCAAUCAUGGGGGGUACAGUCCGGAGGAAGAGAAGGAAAUACAUAAGCGUGUAGUGCCCAAUGCUAUACGCACACACGCACACACACACAAAGAGAGACCGCAGCUCAGAGAAGCAGACCGCUUCUAUCAAGUGACACCCAUCAGCGCUGUGUGGUCUCUCCGGACCUUCCUGUCCCAAGUCCACUUUGUCCGACCGAUGCCGAUCCUGUGGUGGAACAGAGGCCGAGCCACGCGUCAGCAACGCUCCGAGGUUCAUAUCGGGCUGAAUGUGUGGUAUAUCGCUGGAUCCAUGGAAGCCAUUACUGGCGCUUUGCGUCACGCGACCGACAAGAAGCCUUCCGGCGAUGAUCCAACGCCGGCGAAGCGAUGCUCUGUUUGGGAUGGUAGCACCCAAAGAAGCCGCUCUGUGAGCUCGCAGCUCGCAAUCGUCUCUCAUAUCGAUGGCCGACGAGGAAAUGAGCAAUCGUCUCUCAGCAAAUUCGCAGAUCUUCGUUCCUAA